ACGAGUGAAAAGAGACGUGUUGUGAGAUAUCAGCAAAUAGCAAAGAUUUCUGUCAAACGUAUUACAGCCUAGACCAGAAUAUCUUUUCUCUUCGUCUACAUAAAAUUUACAAGUAGCAGGAAACAAAUGAUGAACCAAACAUCAACUCUCUUCAUGGUCAUCUUCAUGGCAAUGUUGUUCUUAGCUGCUGGAAGGCCUUAUUUAAGAGAAAGGCGCAGUGGAAUCUCUGAUCAACGACUAGCCGAACUAGAAACUUUAGUAAACAUUUCGAAACUGAGAAGUAGUGUCUAUGGCUUGGUACCUGCCGUCGCUUUCGGAGCUUUUGAUCCUGCACGACUAGGAAAGAAGAGAAGAUCUAACAAGAUUCCGAAAUUAAUGCAUCGUUUAAAAGCCCCUACUUCUCAGUCGUACACGUCCAAAAACUACAUCAAGAAAGAAUGAAGAUUUCAACUGUCUGACUUCUGAGUCUGCAGGAUGGUUUGACUUAAUCUUAUCCCUUCUGUACCUCAUUCGUUUGUGAAAAUUUUGUUCGUUUUAUGAUUGUAGACGUAGU